CUCUCCUCGGGGGGAGGGGGCAUGGCUGGAAUAAAGGGCUUAGUCUGCUUUAGUCUCGCUCGCUGGGUGCGCCAGGGGCCCUGUGGCGCGGGGCAGCGGCCGCUUUCCCGCGUCGGGGCCGAACCCCGCUGCAGGCUCGGGUUCUUAGUGCUCGCAGAAGGUGCUGUCGCUGGGCGGGCUUCCCCGCCACUGAACCCCCAACAACAGCCCUGCUCUCGAGAGCGGGUCAGGCAGGCUCCAGCCCAUUCGUCCCUUGGCCUCCCUGCUGGAAAUGCCGCACGGGCACCAGGCGGUGUAGACCGUGUCUGCUGUGAGGUGUUACUACCGACUGCAGCUUUCUGUCUAGGGUGAUCUUAUUCCCCGUCCCCAUUAUUAUUUGUGAGUGAGGAAAAAAUGCCAGGUGUAUUACCAACUGACGCUACUGGGCUUUUGCGAGGUAGCCCGUCAAAGAAAAACAGGCUUUCCCUGAAGCUUUUCCAAAAAAAAGAAACUAAAAGAGCACUGGAUUUUACAGAUUCACAAGAAAAUGAACAAAAGAGUCCAGAAUACAGAGGCUCAGAAAUUGAUCAGGUUGUUCCUGCAGCACAGCCUCCUUCACCCAUUAGUUGUGAGAAAAAAGACAAUAUGCUGCCUUUUGUGGGCUUGAACAAUCUUGGCAAUACUUGUUACCUUAACAGCAUACUUCAGGUGUUAUAUUUUUGCCCUGGCUUUAAAACUGGAGUGAAACACUUAUUUAACAUUAUUUCAAAGAAGAGAGAAAUGUUAAAGGAUGAAGGAGAACAAAAGUCAGACAAGGGAAGUUGUAAAGAAGAUCCUUUGGCAAGUUAUGAACUAAUCUUCAGUUUGCAUUCCUUGAUUCUUUCAGUGGAACAGCUUCAGGCCAGCUUUCUAUUAAAUCCAGAAAAAUAUACAGAUGAACUUGCUACUCAGCCAAGAAGGCUACUAAACACACUUAGAGAACUUAACCCUAUGUAUGAAGGAUAUCUGCAACAUGAUGCCCAGGAAGUAUUGCAGUGUAUUCUUGGUAACAUCCAGGAAACGUGUCAGAUAUUGAAGAAGGAAGAAUUGAAAAAUAUGCCAGUGGAAGAGCCUGUAGCUCACUUGGAGAAGUCUAAUCAAAAUACUGAAAGCAAUGGCAUUAACAGCCCUGUUGAGGAAAAUGACUAUGCAACAAGCAGUCACACUGCAGAGGGUUCUGAAGACAAACUAUCCAAAGGAAUUGGGAAAAGGAAAAGUGACACUGAGAGUGGGAAUGCAAAGAAAAAAUCUAAAGUAUCCAAGGAGCAUAAUGCAGUAGAGGAAAAUCAGAGACAGACCAGAUCAAAGAGGAAAGCAACAGCGGAGAAACUAGAACAUCCUACGGAAGCCAUUGAUAAGUAUUCUAUUGAAAAUGAGAUUGCAAAGCCAACACAGAAGAAAUCACGACUUAAAUUAAAUUGGUUUAAGUCUUCAGGCAAACAACCCAGCAUUCUGUCUAAAUUCUGUAGUGUCGGAAAGCUAGCAAACAACUUGGGAUCCAAAGAGCAGAUGAAAGAAACUGAUGCCUGGGAGAUUGAAAAGGCAUCUGUAAAGUGUGAAAAUGGUAAUAUAAAAGAAUACUGUGAACUUGCAUCCCCUGUGGAAAGUGCUGGUGAAAAAGGAACUGAAAAACCACUACAAGAAGGUUCAGAGUUAGCUGUGUUUGAAUUAGUGGAGAAACUGUUCCAGGGUCAGUUGGUAUUGAGAACACGAUGUUUGGAGUGUGAAUGUUUUACUGAAAGAAGAGAAGACUUUCAGGACAUCAGUGUCCCAGUACAAGAAGAUGAACUUUCUAAAGCAGAAGAGAGUUCUGAAAUUUCUCCAGAGCCAAAAACAGAAAUGAAGACCCUAAAAUGGGCAAUUUCACAGUUUGCAUCAGUAGAGAGGAUUGUGGGAGAGGAUAAAUAUUUCUGUGAAAACUGCCGUCAUUACACAGAAGCAGAACGCAGUCUUUUAUUUGAUAAAAUGCCUGAAGUUAUAACCGUUCACUUGAAGUGCUUUGCUGCUAAUGGUUUAGAGUUUGAUUGUUAUGGUGGACUGUCAAAGAUAAAUACUCCCUUAUUGACACCUCUUAAAUUGUCACUAGAAGAAUGGAGCACAAAGUCUACUAAUGAUACCUAUGGAUUAUUUGCAGUAGUAAUGCACAGUGGCAUUACAAUUAGCAGUGGACACUACACUGCCUCUGUCAAAAUUACAGAUCUUAAUAGUUUAGAAUUAGACAAGGGCAAUUUCAUCACUGACCAGAUGUAUGAAGUGAUUAAGCCAGAACCACUGAAUGAGGAGGAAGCAAGAGCUGUUGCUGAAGAUUAUGAUGAUGGUGAAGUCUCUUUUAGAGUCAAUGGAAAUGCACAGUCAAGUAAAACUUUGAGCAAAAAGAAUAUGGAAGCUGUUGGACUUCUCGGAGGACAAAAAAGUAAGUCUGACUGUGACUUGUACAACAACAAAGCAACUAACCCUGAUAAGGUUGUUAAUACACUAACUGAAAAUAAAAAUUUUGAGUCUACCAGUACUAAUGGGAUCUUGGAGUUUGAUAAAAGUACUGAAAAUGGUGAUCAAAAUGGUAUAGCUUUCAGUGGACUAGAAAACAAAGCUUUGUAUGUGUUACAAAGCUUGAAGGAAUAUGAGGGAAAGUGGUUGCUUUUUGAUGAUUCUGAAGUGAAGGUUACAGAGGAAAAGGACUUUCUGAACUCUCUCUCCCCUACAUCGUCAUCUACAUCAACUCCUUACCUUUUGUUUUAUAAGAAAAUUGUAGAGUGAUACUGUAUUUUGUAAAUAUUACAGAUUUGCAUACAUCUGUUGAUGUGCUUUUUGCAUCAAGAUUACCUUGAUGUAACAGCUGUUUGUCUUUUGAAGCUACUGGAUGAUAUUAUUAUAGAUCUUACAAUUCUAUGUAAACAGCACAAUUUGAAUUAACAAACCAUGUCAUAGAACUUUAACUCCUACUAUAACUUCUGUGCUGCGGACUAGUGAUGUCACCUUCUAGGAAUACAAAUCUGUAUAGAUUCUUAAAAGAUGUCCAAAAAUACAGUCGUGGCUUUUAAAUAACUAGUUCUGUCACACCUGACUUGUGUAUUAUUAGCUUUUUUUUAAAAAAAAAUAAAGUUAUUUGUAUUCACAUUCUGGAGUAAAUUUAUAUUAACUAGUAAAACUCAUCAGAGGUUGUGUAUUUUUGUAACACUGGAAGCAAUAUUUCAUAUCUAGUCUUUGGGGCAUCAGUACAGGGCACAAAGUAACAGCUAUAGCUUAUUGAUGACCUUCUCUCCCCCCCCC